AUGAGGUCCUUCGCUCAGCUUGCUGUCGGCGCAGCUGCACUUGCAUCGCAAGUUUCAGCUCACUACACAUUCCCUUCACUUGUCGUAAAUGGACAAGUCACUCCGGCAUGGUUGAACGUCCGUCGGACAAAUAACUACAACUCUCAAUCUCCGGUUACGGACGUUAAUUCCAUCGACCUUCGCUGCUAUGACUCUUCAGAACCUGGCACAGCAACCACUGUUACUGUAUCUGCGGGACAGGAAUUAGGGAUUGUGGCCGACCAGGCUGUUUACCAUCAAAGCACGACGAACAUCUAUAUGGCAAGGGCUCCAGGUGACGUUGAUGGUUGGGCCGGGGAUGGCAAUGUCUGGUUCAAGGUCUAUGAGCUGCCACCAGUCACGAACGGCGGGCAGUCCAUUACUUUCCCCUCUAUGGGCAAGUCACAAUUUACUUUCACGUUACCGAAGAACCUUCCAUCCGGACAGUACUUGGUGCGCAUGGAGAACAUCGCCAUUCACUCUGCGUCGUCGUACGGCGGUGUGCAGUUCUACAUUUCGUGUGGUCAACUCAACGUCGAAAAUGGUGGAAGCGGUACGCCUGGUCCAAUGGUAGCCUUCCCUGGGGCAUACACUGGCUACGAAGCAGGGUUAUUGAUCAAUAUCUACUACCCGAUUCCGACAAACUACACUCAACCUAGACCCCCUGUCUGGUCUGGUUGA